GCAUACGUACAUAUACACGAUAUGUAUAAUUUUUUAAAUUUUAUGAUUCAAAAACUUGAAUACAACUUCACGUGAUACUUUGAAAGAAAAAUUUUCGUCACUUCCGGUUUGUCUUCCUCCUACGAUUUAGUUACUUUUGCGUAUAAUGUAUGCCGUGGAGAAUUUCAUGGCCGUUUUAGUCGCGUUGCAUCAGCGAGUGCAAUGUUCAGCUAUUUUCAGGAAUUUCGCUGUAGCGAAUAUUGUUUCGUUAACCAGUGAUUUGCACGCAGAAAAUGGCCGAGUCGGAGCAGAGAAAUAAAGAGAAUUGUAUAACAGGAUCGAAAGAAACGAUGGUGAAGCAAGAAAAACGUGAGAACACGUUGACAAAUGGCGGGAAGGGAUCGGGCGAUGACGCGGACAGUCUCGAAGAACUGCCUCUCGAUAUAGGCGAACACUAUCUUGUUCGCAGAUCCGACGACUCUUGGCAUCCAGCAGAGAUUAUCCAAACCCGAUAUAAUGAAAGUGAAAGUCAUUAUGAAUAUUAUGUACACUAUGAGGGGCAUAAUAGAAGAUUGGAUGAAUGGGUACCAAGAGAUAGAAUUAUGUCUAGUAGAUUUGACAUGAGUGACAGAAGCUGGAAAAGUGGAGACAGAAACUCUGGUACUGAUUUACUAGCAGAUUCAUCAGACCGUAAAAUUACAAGAAAUCAAAAGAGGAGACACGAUGAGAUUAACCAUAUUCAAAAAACUUAUGCAGAAAUGGAUCCUACAACUGCUGCUUUAGAAAAGGAGCACGAGGCAAUAACAAAAGUCAAGUAUAUUGAUAAAAUUCAAAUUGGCAAGUACGAAAUUGAUACUUGGUACUUCAGUCCUUACCCAGAGGAAUAUGGCAAACAACCUAAAUUAUGGAUUUGUGAAUAUUGUUUAAAGUACAUGCGUCUUGAAAAGACAUACAGAUAUCACAUGAGUGAAUGUACUCACAGACAGCCAGUUGGAAAAGAAAUAUACCGCAAAGGCACAUUAAGCAUUUGGGAAGUAGAUGGUAGAGAACAUAAAAUUUAUUGCCAAAACUUAUGUUUGUUAGCAAAGUUAUUUUUGGAUCAUAAAACUCUUUACUUUGACGUCGAACCGUUUCUAUUUUAUAUUCUUUGCGAGGUUGAUAAACAUGGAGCUCAUUUAGUUGGCUAUUUUUCAAAGGAAAAGGAAUCUCCUGAUGGCAACAAUGUUGCCUGUAUUUUAACUUUACCACCGUUUCAAAGGCAGGGAUAUGGAAAGCUUCUAAUUGCUUUCAGUUAUGAAUUAAGCAGAAUAGAACAGACUGUUGGUAGUCCUGAAAAGCCAUUGAGUGACUUAGGAAAGUUAUCGUACAGAAGCUAUUGGAGCUGGAUUCUUUUAGAAAUCCUUAGAGAUUUUCGUGGAACUCUUAGCAUAAAGGAUUUGAGUCAGAUGACAAGUAUCUCACAAACGGACAUUAUAUCGACGCUGCAAAGUAUGAAUAUGGUUAAAUACUGGAAGGGACAACAUGUAAUCUGCGUAACACCUAAACUAGUCGAAGAACACAUUAAAAGUAGUCAGUAUAAAAGACCAAGACUAACAGUGGAUAGCAGUGCGCUCAGAUGGGGCGCUCCACCUCGGAAAAACGUGAAACCUGGCAAGAAGUAGCAGGAAUUGAAGGGAAUGGUUUUCAUUCAAUGGUUUUUCUCAUCGUGAGAUUCACGAUUUAACGUGUUUAACAAACACUUGGCAAGGAGUUCUACACGAUAGUUUGCAACGAUGUUCUCGAGUUUGUUAAACGACCUCUCAACGAUGCAUUACAGUCUCCACUAGUAUGCAUAGUAACGUGUCAAAUCUCAAACCUGUUUGGAAGAUAACACGAAUGAGCACGUUGAUUUAUAGCUUCGUUACUAUUCCGGAGCGUAGAGAUAACGAGAGAUGUUUCAAGAGUUUUCUUAUAGUUCUGCUCUUUUUUUUUGCAGUAUGCUAUAAAAGAGAAGUGGGAUAUACCGUGACACAAAAUACCAUGUAUUUAUUGAUAACGAAAGGAUUAUUUUACCUUUAUUUGAGAUUUUUGGCUUGAACGCGCAACUACAGUCUGAAAAUAUAAACAUACGUUGUACGUAAAAAUGAGCGUCAAUAAUACCACGCAGUAUUAGUCUGUAUUAACGAUUUGCUUGUGUAAAUUCGUUAAUAAUAAACAAAUGUAAUUAAGUUAAUAAUUUCAGUUAAUAUUACAUUGAAACUAUUAAAAAUUCAAA